CAUUAGUCUAAAGAUCGAAUCAGAAUCGAAUUGAUCGAUUAUGACCCAACAUGUCGAAUACACUGCUUCGUUCGUCGAUUUGGGAGCCACUGCACAACGAAACACCACCAUGGCGACUGAUACCCCACAACAUGACCAACGACCGAUCCCUCGUCGUCGUCAAGUCCAGAGGAAGAGUAAAGAAGGAAGCAAUGCGUUUUUGGUUUGGGCCGUCAAGAUUUUGUUGGUUUUGUUGAUUCUGUUUAUGCUCCCCAAACUGGUAGAAGGCCGAGGACGAAACGCCAAGAAGAAGAGGCAACGUCGUAAACAAGAGGUGAUGCUUUCGGAUACUCGCAAGAUUUGUGAACAUCAAGUGUGUUCUCAAUGGAUUCCCGAGGAGAGCAUGAAUUGCGUGCAGAUGUGCCUGUCUCCCGCUUGCUAUCAGGACGUGUAUGGGUCCACGCCGAUUGAAGACGGCGAAAUCAACGUGGACCGUGCCCGAGACUUUGAAAAGUGCGUGAAAGAAGAAAUGAGAUUGGCCAGGAAGCGACAACGACUCAGUCGAUGAGCAGAGAAAGGAAAGGUGGAUUUUUCUUUACCGUUGAAAUCAGACUAUUCUCGUUACAUGUAUCAGACAACGAGAGAAAGACUUCUAGCUAGGUUGAUGUUUAUUACAUGUAUCAUGUAUCCCAUGCAGUUUGAAAACACUUGGAAUAUUGGAACGGCUUCAGAGUUGGUACCGGGAACGAAGCCUGCAAGUGCUGGCUUCAGUGUGGUGCUCGACCUAAUGAAAAGUCACCAGCUCAUUCGCCACAUAUUCACCAGUAUCUUUCAUUCGGGGGGUUCAUUCAUCCUCUGCAAACCUUCCAAGUCUACCGUUCGUCUGCUUCGGACAAGUUCCUUCUUUUAGCAACUACUCGAGUAUCUACUAGUACUAGAAUUUUUAAUAAUAGUCAUUUUCUCCAGCUUUUUC